AACUGCUACAGCGCCCCGUUGUUCUCUGUGUGGAUGGUGGCUACAAAGGAGGCAGGCAGCGGCGCACAAGUCCCGCCUGCAUUUCCCUCUGGAAGAGUCUCAGUAUCGACACUCCCGACUGGGGAUUGGAGCGGCGGCUUGUCAGUAAAUUAGCCCACCCUUCACCCAGUGUGCAUGAGGGAAACCGAGCCAGACAGUGACGGAUCUGAUCCCCCACCCCCCCCUCCACCCCCAAGUCAUCAGCUGCCUGCCACACCAGCACGCCACAAUACCGACCCGGAGCCAUCCGCCGCGCUGUGACACCUGGCAGGGAUGGAGAGAGAGAUGCAGCCCGCAGAUGAAGGGCCCUGCGCCCCGAAGAUGUGCCGACAACAGCGGGGUCCGUACAGCACCCUGAAAACCUUCCAGAGCAAGCGCUCUGCGGGCAAGUCGCGUUUUGACAGGUCCGCGGUGGUCGAGGUGCCUCUGUUUGGCGACGGGCAUCACUUCACUUUCCAUCCCGAGCAGCCUCAUCAUUUCCAGCCGCACCAUCACCAGCAGCAGCAGCGUCUCCAGCAGCUCCACCAAACCAGCGUCGCUAUCAGCAGUAGCCAGCAGCAUCACCCGACGCCUCAGCAGCAGCAGCAGCAGCAGCAGCAGCAACAUCGUUUCCCAUGUGAGAACAGGCCCAGCAGCAGGGUCCCGACAUCCACCUCGGCGCCGGCGGGUUGCGUGGCGGCAGCAGCAGCGUCUCCUGGUACCCAACAGCGGCGCGCCAGCAGCGGCAGAGCUGAGCCCAGAUUUUCCCCAGACUGCACUUAUGGUAUCAGCUCAGAGAAUCGGCUCAUCCUGGAUGCCUUUGCCCAGCAGUGUAGCCGAGUCCUCAGCCUCCUCAACAAUGGCCGUCUCCUGGAGCCCUCCUCCUCCUCCUCCUUUACCUCUAACAUCAAGCUGGAAGACGGGCCAGGGGAGGCACAGGGUCUUCACUGCUCCUCUCUGGGAAAGUCCAAACCUGAAGAGAGUUCUUCUACCACAGACCCAGAAGAGGAGGCCCAACAAAGCCAUUUGAGCCAACAACAGACCUCUGCCGUUCUCCGCAUCUUCACGGACUCCCUACAGAACUACCUGCUCUCAGGGCCUCAGCAGCAACAACACCUGGCUGCGGGUAUGGAAGAUGAGCAGUGCCCGUCGGCGGAACCCGGCUUAGGGGUGUCUCCUCCGAGACACAACCUGGGGGGCUGGGGCUCGCCGACUCCGUCAGAGUCGUACGGCCACCCGUCGUCCACGCUGCCUGAGGAGGAAGAGGAGGAGGAGAGCUGCUGUCCGCGCUGCCUGGAGUUGGAGCAGGAGGUGCUGUCUCUGCAGCAGGAGAAUGAGGAGCUCCGCAACAAGCUGGAGAACAUACCAGUUCCAUGUCAAAAUGCUCUUGACUACUUCAAGACUGUUCUUGAGUUUCACAACCAGCUGGUCCAACCGAUGCCAGAGGAGCCACUCACAGAGGAAGAAGAGCGGCAAACAGUCUUUGAGGGCAGCAAACAGCUCCUGGAGAACUACCCUCUCUUCAUCUCUAAUAAGCAGUGGGAUGAAGCUGUCAACUCCUCUAAGAAAGACGGCAGACGGCUGCUGCGCUACCUGAUUCGCUAUGUCUUCACCACAGACGAGCUCAAGUUCUCCUGCGGUUUGGGCAAAAGGAAGCGUUCAGUCCACUCAGGAGAUCCAGGCCUGGAGAGGCGACCCCUCAACCCCGUCAAAGUCAGCUGCCUCAGAGAGUUCAUCCGGAUGCACUGUGCCUCAAACCCAGACUGGUGGAUGCCCUCUGAGGAGCAGAUAAACAAAGUGUUCAGUGAUGCCGUCGGUCACGCUCGUCAGGGCCGAGCGGUCGGUACGUUCCUGGGCAGCAGCGGCAGCAGCACCAGCAGCCUCUACAUGGACGGCUUUGAUGGACAUCUGUCGCAGGACGAACUGUAUUUAAAAGGCUGCCAGAAUGGCCAAUCAGACUGAAGUUAAAGGAGAAAAAUAAAGACAGAUGCCAGAAAUGUAGCUGUACAACAACAUAUCCCAAAACACUGACCUUAUCCUGUCACUUUACAAAGUGAAGAAAACAUUCCAGAAGUUUAUCAAACAGAAUAUAAUUACAGUCUCUCUGUAGCAGUUCCUCUUUUCAGUUUUGUAGCUUUUUUGCCAUUUUUAUACCUAAAAUUUUGUUUAGUCAAAACAUUUGACUCUAAAGGGGUGUUUUAAACUUUACACAAAAUUUGAGUCUUCCAUUUGCUACUUUUUCUAUGGUUUGAUGUUAUGAGCACGUAUGUCACUAUCAAUAGUAUAUUUGUUUGUUUUGUAUUUUUUGGGAUAAAGUCCCAGUGAAUUUUUGUGCUAAUGUUUCCCAAGCUGGAGACUUUAUGAUAUCUGUCACUGACACUGCACACUCUAUCACAGAGAAUAGCAUUAGCAUUUUUUAUUUAAAUUCUGCAUCAUUGGUGAAGCACCUUUACUUGCAGCCCUUCUACAGGAGUGCCUCUAAGAAAGUCAUGUUUUUGUUACCUAUAGUCUUGCACUUUGAAUCCCCGUUUUUUGCUUUCUUAAUUUGUAUCAAUUCUGAUGUGUCAAGUUUUAUUUCUGAAAAAGAAAAGUUCAUUCAAAGUUCAUUCCAGUGUGCUCAAAUGUAGCAUCCCUGGGGUUGAAAUAAGUGGUGGUCAAAGUUGGUCUGUGUGCAACUGAAAAAAAGGCGUGUCAUAUUGCGGAACACCUAUAAAAUAAGUCACAGAGACACUUACAGUGUUGUAUUCACAACUUUUAAAACUUAAUUUGCUUUCCAACGCAACUACAACCAAAGUUUUGUUCCUCUUAAAGUCUUAGAUAUUAACUGUUCAAUAACAGGCCCUGCAGAAUUCCUUACAUCUGCAAAGGUUACAUCCUAAAUUUGUUUGAAAUACAGUAUAUGGCAGCCUUGUAAUGCUGAUGUUUGUUCCAUAAAAUGAAGAUAUUCUCAUUGUUAAAAUGCAGAUUAGCAGGAAACAACAAUAAAUACUAUUUAUGCUAAUUUCUGCACUGUCUUAUAAAAAUUAUGUAUUUGCUCUCUCAGAUCUUUUUAUCAUCCCGGUGCAAAACGUCUUGCAUUAAUCCAACCGCAAGGUAAAUUUAUUGCUUUUGACAUUCAGUCAGUCAUUAGCAAGAAGUUUCUUUGACUCGAGAUGAAUCAACGUUAUGUCUUUUUGUUUAAGGCAGUUGCCAUAUAAUAAUGCCUUAAACUUUAUUCAAGACCUCUGCAGUAUUAAGUGUUGAUGCUUUGUGUGUUAGGGUUAGGG